UGGAGGAACUGAGUGUGGCUGAGUAAAGAGUCCCCCGCUUUCCCCCCUUUUCCCUUCCUCCUCCAGGCUUCCACUAGGUUUUAGGGGGGCCGGGAGUUAACAAGGGGCCGCCGUGCAGGUAAGGAAGGAAAAAUGACUUCAAUUAUCAAGCUAACCACCCUUUCAGGGGUGCAGGAAGAAUCUGCUCUGUGUUAUUUACUUCAAGUAGAUGAAUUUCGCUUUCUGUUGGAUUGCGGUUGGGAUGAGAAUUUUUCUAUGGACAUCAUUGAUUCCCUACGGAAACACGUUCACCAGGUUGAUGCAGUACUUCUCUCACAUCCUGAUCCUUUACACUUGGGUGCACUCCCAUAUGCAGUUGGAAAGAUGGGGUUGAACUGUGCUAUUUAUGCAACUAUUCCUGUCUACAAAAUGGGCCAAAUGUUCAUGUACGAUCUCUACCAGUCACGUCACAAUACAGAGGACUUCACUUUGUUUACCUUGGAUGAUGUGGAUGCAGCUUUUGAUAAAAUACAACAACUAAAAUUUUCUCAGAUUGUCAAUUUGAAAGGGAAAGGUCAUGGCUUGUCCAUCACACCAUUACCAGCAGGCCACAUGAUAGGAGGAACAAUUUGGAAGAUAGUUAAAGAUGGAGAAGAAGAAAUUGUAUAUGCAGUUGAUUUCAACCACAAGAGGGAGAUCCAUUUGAAUGGAUGUUCCCUGGAAAUGCUAAGCAGGCCUUCCUUGCUUAUCACUGAUUCCUUUAAUGCUACUUAUGUGCAGCCAAGACGGAAACAAAGAGAUGAACAGCUACUAACAAAUGUCUUAGAAACACUGAGAGGUGAUGGAAAUGUCCUAAUAGCUGUGGACACUGCAGGCAGAGUUUUGGAACUUGCCCAAUUGCUUGAUCAAAUAUGGAGGACAAAAGAUGCCGGUUUAGGAGUCUACUCUUUAGCACUUUUAAAUAAUGUCAGCUACAAUGUUGUGGAAUUCUCAAAAUCUCAGGUUGAAUGGAUGAGCGACAAACUGAUGAGAUGCUUUGAAGAUAAGAGGAACAAUCCUUUUCAGUUUCGUCACCUCUCUCUCUGUCACGGGCUUGCGGAUUUGGCGCGGGUUCCUAGUCCCAAAGUUGUCCUUGCCAGCCAACCAGAUCUGGAAUGUGGGUUUUCAAGAGAUCUCUUUAUACAAUGGUGCCAGGACCCUAAAAACUCUAUAAUUUUAACAUAUAGAACUACUCCUGGCACACUAGCACGUUUCCUAAUAGAUCAUCCCUCUGAAAAAGUUACAGAUAUAGAGCUGAGGAAAAGAGUGAAACUGGAAGGGAAGGAACUUGAGGAAUACCUGGAGAAAGAAAAACUGAAGAAAGAGGCGGCCAAAAAGUUAGAACAGUCCAAAGAAGCAGAUAUUGAUUCCAGUGAUGACAGUGAUGCUGAAGAGGACGUUGAUCAACCAUCUGUUCAUAAAACUAAGCAUGACCUUAUGAUGAAAGGUGAAGGCAACCGCAAAGGAAGCUUCUUCAAACAGGCCAAAAAGUCCUACCCUAUGUUUCCAGCACCAGAAGAGAGAAUUAAAUGGGAUGAAUAUGGAGAGAUUAUCAAACCAGAGGAUUUCCUCGUUCCAGAACUUCAGGCAACAGAAGAAGAAAAGAACAAAUUGGAAUCUGGACUUACAAAUGGAGAGGAACCUAUGGACCAGGAUUUAUCAGAUGUUCCUACCAAAUGCAUUUCAGCAACAGAAUCAAUGGAAAUAAAAGCUCGUGUUACAUACAUAGACUAUGAAGGGCGCUCAGAUGGGGACUCCAUUAAGAAAAUAAUUAAUCAGAUGAAGCCGCGACAAUUGAUCAUUGUCCAUGGGCCCCCUGAGGCCAGCCAGGAUCUUGCAGAAUCCUGUAGAGCUUUUGGUGGAAAGGACAUUAAAGUAUACAUGCCUAAAUUGCAUGAAACUGUAGAUGCAACCAGUGAGACUCACAUAUACCAGGUCAGGUUAAAGGACUCGCUGGUCAGUUCCCUUCAGUUUUGUAAAGCCAAAGAUGCUGAACUGGCAUGGGUAGAUGGAGUCCUGGACAUGCGGGUAUCAAAAGUGGACACGGGGGUGAUUUUGGAAGAAGGGGAACUGAGAGAUGAUGGAGAAGAUACAGAAAUGCAAGUGGACGCACCCUCGUCGGAUUCUAGUGCUGUUGCACAACAGAAGGCCAUCAAGAGUCUUUUUGGAGAUGAUGACAAAGAAAUAUGCGAGGAAAGUGAGAUCAUUCCUACUUUGGAACCCCUGCCACCGAAUGAGGUUCUGGGACAUCAGUCUGUCUUCAUGAAUGAGCCAAGACUGUCUGAUUUUAAGCAAGUUCUCUUGCGAGAAGGAAUUCAAGCUGAAUUUGUAGGAGGGGUUCUCGUAUGUAACAACUUGGUGGCUGUUCGCAGGACUGAAACUGGACGUAUUGGAUUGGAGGGCUGUCUCUGUGAAGAUUUCUAUAAAAUUAGAGGCCUUUUAUAUGAACAAUAUGCUAUUGUCUAAAGGAGGACUGUAAAUAUGAUAGAUAUGGACAUUUUAUUUUUAUGGAAUCCUUUUGCGGCACACAUUUGUAAGGGCAAUUACCAGCCAUUACCAAAGGUUUCCAGCAGAGGAACCCAACAUUGGAACAAUAUUGGAUAUAUUAAAGAUAAGGUAGCUGUAUAGGUAUCCUGUACAUUUUGCCAGUUUUAUUUUUCAGGUGUUUGUUAGAAAAUACCUGUUAGAUUGUUUCACAACAUUUCAUUUGCAGAUAUUCUUAUGAGAACUGUUUAAAAAAAAUGAGCUUUAUCCAGAUUAAGUUAGUUGCACUUAGGUUAAGACAUUAUGAACUUAACUCCAUUGAUUUCAAUGGGAGCUAGGUAUAACUAACUUUUCCUUAAUGGGCUGGAUCCAGGCUAUUUAAGAAUGUAAAACAUUAUAAGUUAAUGUUAGAUAUCAGUUUUCCUAUUUUGCAAUUAAAACAUUUCCUCUCAUCCAUGAUUUUUUUGUGAGGGAAUUGUACAUUUACUGUUUUGGUAAAACCAAAUACGAUAGACCAUUGACAGUUAGUCUGUUUCUUGUUAAUAGUUUCCUCCCCAAAUAUGAGAAAUCACCAGGAAAUAAAAAGUAUUUCUUGGU